AUGUCGCUCACGAACUGUCGGUUCUACGAGGAGAAGUUCCCAGAGGUGGAAAGCUUCGUGAUGGUGAAUGUCAAACAGAUCGCAGAGAUGGGCGCAUACGUAAAACUCCUUGAAUAUGACAACAUCGACGGCAUGAUCCUUCUCAGUGAACUGUCAAGAAGACGUAUUCGUAGUAUCCAGAAGCUUAUUCGCGUUGGCCGUAAUGAAGUCGUCGUCGUCCUUAGGGUAGAUAAAGACAAAGGAUAUAUCGACUUAUCGAAGCGUCGUGUGUCACCGGAGGAUAUCGUAAAGUGCGAGGAGCGCUACAACAAGAGCAAGAUGGUACACUCCAUUAUGCGCCACGUCGCCGAAAAGACCACUACGCCCAUUGAAGAGAUAUACCAAGCUAUUGGCUGGCCCCUGAAUAAGAAGUAUGGACACGCUGUCGACGCCUUCAAAUUGUCCAUCACCAACCCUGAUGUGUGGAAUGAGGUCACAUUCCCAAGUGAUGUUGUGAAAGAUGAGCUUCAGUCCUACAUUCGGAAACGUCUUACUCCACAACCUACAAAAAUUCGCGCAGACGUGAAGGUCACUUGCUACGAGCCAGCAGGUAUUGACGCCAUCAAAGACGCACUGAAAUGCGGCGAAGCUAGAAGCACCAAGGACAAUCAGAUCAAAUGCCGACUCGUUUCACCACCACUCUAUGUCUUCACGAGUUCAUGUCUAGACAAGACUACAGGGAUCGAUUUAUUGGAGCAAGCUCUCAGGGACGUCACUGCGAAGAUACGCGAACACUCGGGCGAUCUUGAGGUCGUUAUGGCACCUAAGGCAACGACUGAGAACGACGAUGCUGAACUCCAGGCGCUCAUGGAGAAGAGGGAGCGCGAGAACCAAGAAGUUAGCGGAGACGAAGAUGAUAGUGAGAGUGAUGAAGGCAACAUUGCGGGAGAUGCAUAG